AUGUCAUUAGCCCAUGGUGAAUCCACAGAUGUUGAAGUUGGAGGUGCAAAAAAAGCAAACAGCGAUUUCGAAGAUGGCGAGAUUCAAAAAAUGAGAGAAAUGAUCCAAAAAAUGGAAGAAGAAAUGAGAGAGUGUGAAACCCUCAAAGAAAAGUUCGUUACAAAUACCACUUCAAACGCUACAUCGGCAACAUCUGAAGUCGACGGACGAUCCAUAUGGGUCGGCAAUGUAGACUAUGGAUCUACAUUAAAGGAUUUGAAAGAACAUUUUGAACAAUGCGGUGCCAUCAUAAGAACGAAAAUUUUACGUGACAAAUUUAGCGGCAAGCCUAAGGGGUUUGCAUACAUCGAGUUUUCGGACGUUGUGUCCAUUGACUUAGCUCUAAAACUAAAUGACUCACUAUUUCGCGGAAGACAAAUUAAAGUCACCGCAAAGAGAACCAACAUGCAUGGCCUAUCAACCACAGACAGAAAACCAAGAGGAAGAGGUAAAAGGUCAAGGGGUGGUCCAAUGGCAGGGAGAGGUCGCUAUUUAGCUACUGCACAUCACAUUCCAACACAUGUGCAAAGGUUUGAAUCAUACGCGGAACAACAGCCACAGUACCAAGUAUGA